CAGGUGCUCUUUCACAAUUGCCUACAGCUGUAAAAAUCGCAAAUAAUAACAAAUGCGGAUAUGUCUCUUGCCCUGAUAGAUAAACUUCAUUUGCAAGCGCGAAAAACAUCUGAAGAAGAUGUGGGGAAGAUUUGCAGCAGCCUCACUGCAUUGUUUGGUGUGCCUGAGAAGUCUUCAGAAGCUACAGCACUCAUGCGCCAAUUGUUUUUCAUCCUCCAAGCAAAAGAAACGUCGACACGGUUGCCUUCUGGGCUGAUCUUCAACCUGAUCAAUGCAGUGAUGGUGCGAGAUCGAGGCAGGAUCAAGGAAUGCCUGCUUUGUGAGAGAAUCCUUCAAGAGGUUUUCCCCCUAGACAAGAAGUUUGAUCCAGAGCUCGCUAAACUGAACGAGAAAAUUCCCAGUCCAAUCCAUCUCUGGAUGUGUCAGGACAUAGAAAGUUUAUCAAAGCUGUUUGCAAAGGCGGUCAGGUGGCUGAAGGCACAAGACUUGGAGUGGGAAGCAGAGAGGAAACUGUUCACCUUCCUAGUGGGUGUGGCACUCAUUCACCCUGAUCUACUAUCAGCAGAUCGCGUUCGUAGCGUACACGAGCGUGUGGGAAGCUGGUUGCUGGGUGCCGGGCUCUACCAGGCGCCUAACCCAUACUCCUCUAACCCGUUCAGGAAAGACCAGAACAACCCUGUCACCGAGGUGGAUGGCACACCUAGCAACAACAUCUUCACAGUGCUCAGUAUUGGUCAGUACUACACAGAUGACCAGCUUGUGAACAUCUUUAGUUUUUCAAUGCUGUACCAGUGGAUAUCAAACAGCUAUCACGGCUUGCUCAUCAAUAACAGCUACCCAAUGGAGCCUGGAGACGAUGCCAGUGACCUUGAGAAGGAUGAUGAACUUGACCUUUACAGGUCACAGCCUCAGCGUAUCAGGUCAAGUUCAAGGUCAAGUCAUGUGUCCAAAAACUCUGAUGAUACCGCAUCGCCAACGUCUGUUGCCAGUGUUGAGAAAACUCCAGUGACCAAAACCUGGUCAGCAGACCUGUCUAAGUCAUCAAGACCUAGAACGCCAGUAAGGAAGGCACAGUCCUUGGUAACUGAGGGUGAUGGGGACAGGUUCAGUUUAUCUGUGACAUCAACUGCUUCAGAAAGAUUGACAACGGAGUUUAAAAAUUCAAGUCCCAGUGACACUGUGUGGCUCACAGAGUCAGGGGAGACAUCUGAGAGACCCGUGUCAACCCAGACGACCUUAAGCCUUUCAGAGGUCCCAAGGUCACCCAACCCUAAGGCUGCCAUGGACACGGAGGAAGUGAAGCGUGAGUUGACGAAGCACGUGUUUGAGCCACUGAUUGGUCGCACUAUUGACUACUGCUUCAGACUCCUGGAUCAGUGUGACAGGAAGCCUAAAAACCAAAGUGAUGUGGAGCUGUUGAACGCAUGUCAGCUGGAGACAGUGAAGCUACUGGAGUUUGUGUGCCGUAUUGAUGGCGCCCAGAUACCACGGGUGUUCAGAGAACUCAAGCGAUUGAUGGCAAACUGCACUCAGGAUGACAGGAAUCCCAAACUGCUCAUAGCCAUUCUACAGUUCCUUGUAAACCACAGCAAGGCAGUGGCCUAUGACUGUCAACAAGAGUUGAACAAGCUCUUCCACGGGGUGUUGUCCCGUAACUUUGACCAGACAGCAGUCAGUUUUGACAUCGUCAUGUUUGUACUCGACAACUUGGAGAAAUUGACACAUCAGUAUCACGUGAUGGCUAUAUACUUCCCAAAUAUAUUUAAGAUUUUGGCUUGGAACCCCCACACGUUCAUCUCUGAUUUCCAGGACAUCCUGCCAGCGAUGAUGUCAUCAGUGACAUCACUAGAAGUGUUUCACACCUUAGUCGACCUGCCAUGCAUGACAGUGGCCCUGGAGGUGAUAGAACGCACGAAGCACUUGGACUUCACCAGCCUUCAGCCAGUCACUGAUGAGCAACCCACAAGGGCACUUGAUGCAUUUAAGAACGCCAUGUUUCGACCGAUGUUCAACUUUUUCACAAGGUCGGAAGGAGGUCAUGGGGAUACUAUUGACAGACUGGACCAGUUCCACACCAGUAUUCAAGACAUGGUGGACUUACCCAGAGUGCUGGUGUGCUACCAGUCUGCUGCUCUGCUGCUCAGGACAUGGUUCAGUGUGAUUCUGGAGGAAGUGGACCAGGACUUUGUGUCCCGCCUACUGCCAGUACUGCUGGAGCGUACAGGUCUUGUGUACGGCAUACUGGAAUACAAGAGCGAUAUGCGGAGAAUCAUAGCAGAGAACACAGUGCGUCUGCUCAAGAAGUUUCCUCAGACUGUCGUCCAACAGCGAGAUGAAAUCGCAGAAUUCUUGUCUCAGACGCGUAACAUCACCGGGAGAGAGGCUUUCUUUUGUCAGCUGGUGUGGGGUGUAGGGGAGUACCUGUCUAAUGCCUACAGUCCAGCCUGCACGGCAGAGGUCAUUGGUCACAUGUACGAGACCCUUGAGCUGCUCACAUAUGAGGUCAUUGCCAUCACUGGUUCUACCCGCGCUUCACAGGCUCCUUUCUCGGUGCAGGUCGUGUCCACACUAAUGUCAGCUCUUGCAAAGUUGUCCAGUCGCUGCCAGGACUUGAUUCCGCGAGCCAUUCUCUGUCUGACCAAGGUCUCUAAGCAACACAGCAACGACAUCGUGGACCCCAUUGACCAAGAAAUCCUGCUUAACAAGGCCCACGAGUUGAUUAACCUACUGAAAAUACCAAAUUUUGCCUCUGUGAUACUGAACCCAUCACCGAGUCUGGAAACUGACAGAGUUCAUGAAGACGGUGCUUCCCUGGCCUCCAUUUUAAGGACUACACACAGAUUGGCGGCACCCUCUGUUUGAAUAUGGCCUAAACUGGCAAAUUGUGUUAUUUAUUUCAUUCUUUAACUGUAUAUUUGUCACAUAAUGGAUACAUUUUUAGUAUUGAUUAAGUUUAUUUUGAAUAUGUAAAAAAAGUGCAAUAAACUGUUUGUAACUGUC